UCUUGGGCCAAUAUGGCGCUGCGGAGCUUUUCGUCAUCAUGGUGUCGCUCGUUUCUACGUGCCUACAUUUCUCCUAAAGCGACACUUUCUGCUUUGCAACAGCCAGGCUGGAUUGAAUCUCGUUCAGGAGCAAAAAGGCAUCUGCUGUCAGAGGAUGUCGUCAAACUUGAAGACUUCCAGCGAAGGAAGUUGGCGGUCGCUCACCUCGUCACUGGAUCAGAUGGAAAUUUUAUCGAGCUGUUUGGCCACAAACUGCGGAGGAACAGCCUGGUUUUGCGAGAUGAGCUCAAACUGCUGCUUCACUUGUGUCAGUCUGCAGAGGACAUGAAGACGGCCCGAGAUGCCAUUUAUAGGUACCAUGCAGAAAACCGCAACGUGGCGCACGGCGAGUUCAAGUUUGGCCCGCUCUUCAUGAGGCUAUGCUACGAAUUGGGCCUGGAGAAGAUGGCCGCCGCUACACUUACAGAUCAGGAAAUGAAAGGCUUUUUCGCCGACCCCACCUCCUUCAACAUUGCCAUCGACAUGUUAUUCGUUAAGGGCUAUCACGAAGACGCUCUCGAGGUGUUGCGCUGCAUGAGGAGCCAAAGUGUGCCGUUCAACAAAGACACACUCGUGCUGGCGUCUGCCGUCUGCUAUAAACUGAACACGAGCGAGUCGCACGCCAUUUGCAUGUUGCUCACGGAAGAGGCUCAGGCCAAAGGGCAAUUUGUCCCCAGGCACGCUUACUGCUUCGCUGUUGCAUUGGCGCUCCAACAGAACGACGUUGAAAAAGCGCAAUGGUUUUUCGCACAAAUCAUGAGCACAGACAGCCGACUGUGCCAAAACUUAAAGAUUUUGUUGCUGGCGAUAACCGGAGCGACCGAGGAGGCUAUGGCGGUCCUUUUUUCCGCAGUCAAACUCUCCAAGAGGCCGUCCUUUGUCAGGAAGCCGGAAUUUUCUCAAGAGGUGCUGGAUCGGUUGCGUGUGCAUGUCGAGGGCCAAGCACUAGCGGAUGAAGCGGAUGGGCUCAUUUCCCAGCUGGAGCGCGCCGGUCAGGUGAUGCGGCAGAGCCUGGACGACAUGCUGUGCCACACGCCGGCCCCCAAGAGGAAAGUGGCCCCCAUCGUGGCGGACAGGCACGUCAGCAGGAGGACGCUGAAGCCGCUUCACUCAGCGCUGCUGUCUGAGUGAUUUUGUGAAUUCAAAAUAUAUCUAAUAGUAUAAAGAAAUGUGUUCAGAA